AUGGAUGGUAAAACCCGGCUGCAGAAAGCAUGCGAUGCAUGUAACAUCCGGAAAGUCAAGUGUGACGAGGGUGGACCACCAUGCCAGUCAUGUACUGCUCUGGAUAUCCCGUGUACCUACAACCGUCCUAAGAAACGCCGGGGUCCACCAAAUAAACAUGCAGAAGCAAUCAAGAAGCAAAAAGCCGAAGCUAAAGCGGCGGAAAAAGCACCGCCACCAACAACAGUGCUCCCUGCUCCUACUAGCAAAAUCUUACCUUCAGAUACGAGCUCGGAACAGAGCCUGCUAGAUCUGUCCGGGGAAUCGAUAUGCCCCUUGCCAACGUUGCAGCUCCUAGUCGAUGACUACUUCCUCUUCAUUCACCCUCUCAUCCCAGUCCCACAUGAACCUACUUUCCGACAGGCAUUUGCAAACAGAGAAGAUGUGACUAACAAACGAUUCCUAGCGUUGCUCGCCUCCAUGAUAGGGACCCUAGUAGCCUCCUUCCCACGUCGGCCAAGGUUGCAUCUGCGAACAGAUUCUGCAGAAAGCAUGUACCCUAACUCAAUGGCUCUGGUUAAGCGUUGCCACGACAUUGCCGUCCAAGCUAGGGGACUCGGCUAUCUUGAUACGAGCACCACAAUUGAGGACGCUGCGAUUAGUUAUCAUUUAUCGCUUUGUUCCAGCUAUGUAUACAAUAUGCGGCGCUGUCGAAUGUAUCUUGGCGAGUGCAUGACUAUUUUGCGUGUCUACAAUCUGUAUAAGCCCUCCAGGCAAGGCGUUGCUAAUCUCAGUCCGGUAGUAGCUGCUUCGCCGGUUUCUGAGGCACAAUAUCAACUUGUCGAUCCCAGUGAAGCUACAGACAAUUUGUUAGUUCAAGAGCAAGGGAGACGACUUUUUUAUAUCUGUCUUGCUGGUUUCCAGACACUUCAUCAACUGGGAUCAGCAGAUGGCAGAGCAUAUAUUCCUCCUGAAACCCCGACAGACCGCUACCCUCCUCUUCCAAUCGAAGUAGACGACGAGUAUCUUUCUGCCAACCAGUGUGUCUCCCAGCCUAUUGGGAUUGUCCCACAGCUCACCGGGUUCAACGCCAACGUGCGCAUAUUUCAGUGCUACAAUUCAUUACUGGCAUUGGAGAUUGCUUUUAACAGUAGCGGAGCGAUGAGCUGGGAUAACCAAAGACAGUUGAUAUGGGAAUCCCUGCAACAAGCGAAAACCAUCACAGCAGACCUGCCCCCAGAACUUUCAUUACAUCAUCCGCAGCAGGUUCAGCAGUUAUCUCCUCCUCUGAUGAAUCUUGGUGGCUGGCCUCCAGCCUACGGAGAUGGCGUGACGAACCGUGACCAAGAACGGCGGAAGAUACAGUAUGAAAUACAAAAGGUCAAUAUAUACAUAAGCCAGUUAUCAACGCGAUCUUACCUUGUCGAUAAAUACUGGACCCUAUUCGAUGGCCACACCAGGCUCGAGAAGAAAAGAGCUGCUUCUUCUUCGGCAUCAAAUACUCCAAUAUUAAUGCCUUCAACCCAGAUGUCUUCUCUAGGUGCCACCACCACGUCCAAUAUCAAGUAUGAACCGGGCGAUACGACGACAACAGCACCAGAUGCGGAAGUUCAUGCGCAAACGGAUCAUAUGGGAUACAUGAUGCGGCAGGAGCGCGGACUAGUAAUCAAAGACCUCUUGUGUCUACUCAAGAGCGUGCAAGAAAUCCAUAUAGAACCGAAUGGGGCCAGUUUUACCCAGAAAGUCCGGCAAAUCGCCUCGACACUUCUCAGCCUUCCUCAAGAGCUGAAUACCACACUGCAAACCACCACAGAUCCCAUCACCGGUACAUCAACGACCACCGCCACAACUCCGACCCCCCAACCAGGCGCGCAACCACUCUCCACAAGCGACGCCGAAAACUACCUUCGCACAUUCCUUGACAUCCUCGUUCGUCUCGAGGGCGUGGGUGUAACCGGCGGAGACCCAAUCCAGACCGCCACUAUCAGCAGUAGUAAUAUCAAUAUCAAAAAGGACGAGUUGAACAUAAACCAAAACGUAGUUAACAACAACAUUGACAUGCUAAACGUCGAUGCUGCCGCGUCCACCCUCCUCGCCGACCCAAUGGUAGCAUCAGCAGCGUAUCCAAGCCCGAACGGCAACGAAGCGUACCUUCAAGCGAUGCCCUAUGCGGGCGAUGGGAUUAGCGCGCGGGAAGAGGAGGAGUUGAGACAGUGGGCUAGCUUUAAGGAGUUUCAAAAGACAUUCAUGGAAGAUGGGGGGUUGUUGUACUCGAUAUGA